GUGUGGAGGAAAACUCAAGUGACUCUCAAUAAUCAUAAUACUGCUCUGUUUUUUAUCCAAAGACUAGGGGGUGGGACAUUGGCUCAAUUCUGCCCUAAAGUUUGCUAAAGUUACCCUUUACUACCCCCUCAGUAAAUCUGGACACAGAGCUCGGUUUACAGCCUCAGUCUCAGCCGCACCGCACCAGCGACCGAACUCAGCAGCAGUAUCCGCCCACGGGAGCCCUCAGCGCGGCUGCAAACCUCCGCGGCGCUCGGCUGGUUUUUACCGUGGAGGUUUGACUCACUUUAAGAGGGACUGUCAACUGUAUGGAGAGAGGUUGUUCAAAGGAGUGAAUAAGAAGACAAGUCUGAGUUCAGGUUUGUGAGCACUGAACCGAGGUGACACCAUGUCGGGAAACCCGGGGUCAUAUGCAAACAAGAAGAGGAAGAAGCCUGUGCUCAAACAGAAAAAAGGCACAGAGGGCAAUGAAGUCGUCAAGUCAAACCCUUCAAAGCGCCACCGGGAUCGGCUGAAUGGGGAGCUGGACCGGCUCACGGACCUCCUGCCGUUUCCAGAGGAGGUUCGCUCUCGCCUGGAUAAGCUGUCCGUCCUUCGCCUCAGCGUGGGAUACCUGAGGGUCAAGAGCUACUUCAAAGCCACCAUGAAGAACUACAAAAGCAGUCAGAUGUUUUCUGGAGUAAAUGGGCAGAACAGGAACAACAUCGAUACCGCUGGCUUCUCUGAGGGUGACCUACUCCUCCAGGCUCUAAAUGGAUUUGUUCUGGUGGCCACAUCUGAUGGAUCCAUCUUUUAUACCUCUCCUACAAUCAAGGACUACCUGGGUUUUCAUCAGUCUGACGUAGUUCACCAGAGUGUGUUUGAGCUCAUCCACACUGAUGACCGGGCCUUAUUCAGACAGCAGCUCCACUUCGCACUCAAUCCCCCAACUGCUGGCACCGAUGGAGACACAUUGCAGAGUUGUGCUAACUCUGUGAUAUACAGUCCCGAGCACCUUCCUCCAGAAAACUCAUCCUUCCUGGAGAGGAGCUUCGUGUGUCGCUUCCGCUGCCUCCUGGACAACUCCUCUGGCUUUCUGACUCUGAAGUUUCAGGGUCGGCUGAGGUACCUCCAUGGUCAGAGGAACGUACAGGAAAACGGGACGUGCGGCAAACCUCAGCUUGCUCUUUUCGCCAUUGCCAUGCCGGUCCAGACUCCGUCCAUCGUGGAGAUCAGGGCUAAAAUGCUCCUCUUUCAGAGCAAACACAAGCUGGACUUCACACCCAUGGGAAUUGAUAGCAGGGGGAAGGUUAUUCUGGGCUAUUCAGAGACUGAACUGUGUAUGAAAGGCUCCGGCUACCAGUUUAUCCAUGCUGCUGAUAUGAUGUACUGUGCAGACAACCACAUGCGUAUGAUGAAAACAGGAGAGAGCGGUCUGACCGUGUUCAGGCUCCUCAGUAAAUCCAGUGGUUGGGUGUGGGUGAAGGCCAACGCCAAGCUGAUCUUUAAAGGAGGACGACCUGAGUUCAUCAUCGCAUAUCAGAAAGCACUGGUGAACGCUGAAGGGGAGGAGUACCUACGUCAGAGGAGGCUUCAGCUCCCCUUCACCUUCACCACAGGAGAGGCCCUUCUCUAUGACACUGGCCCCACAGUGGAUAUCAACCAGUUCCAGUUCAACAGAAUGUUCAGCAAAAAUGAUGUGAACAAAGACGAGGCUCCCCGCUCCUUAGUGGACUGCUUCCUGAGACAGGACGAGACGGUGUACACCGAGGCUAUUGACGAGCCCCUACCUGUCGACCAAGUGUUCAUGGACAGCCGAGCCUUGGUCAGCGUUCCCAGCAAUGGAUGGCAGUCAAAUAGAGCUGUAGCAACAACAGAAAACCCUGUUGUGGUUAAAGAAGAGGCCAAACAGUCAGCGAUGGCUAUGAUUGAUAACCUGGAAAAGAUGGCACAGAAUAGUGAUUUCUGUGCGGCACUGCAGAAUCUAGACGUUGAGGAGGCAGAGCUAAUGGAUUGGGAAAAUGCACUAAAGAGAUUAAGUCAGGAGGAGCUACAGCAGAGCAACAUGAGCUCAGAACUGGACAGCAUCCUCACAAAUGACAUUUUUGACUAUAUUGAUGAUGUUUUGUUCAAAGAGACAGGGGAAGAUUGUCUGAACAGUGGUACCCCCACCUGUCUGGCAGGCAACAACAACAAUCAGCAGGAUGCCUUCACUCAGGCUGCUAAUGGACUCUGUAAUCACCAGAGUGCUGAUCACACUUUCAAUCCAAUGAAUGGUAUCUUUCCUCACCAGCAGGAUACAGAUGCUCAAACUUUUAACAGCACUCAAAAACCCACCCACCACGGUCCCCUUAUUGCUCAAUCUGACCCAAACCUGCCGCCAAUUCAGCAGCUGCAGCUUCAGGACAUUUACAGCCCAUCCUUAGAGCUCCCAGAGCUCACUCUCCCAGAUGACUCAGCUCCUUUUCAGUCCUGUGCACAGGCUUCAAAAGGCCACAACUUCCCUCAUGGGAUCUCUGGGCAGUUGCUGCCCAGUCAGUUCCGCCCAUGUAAUCAAAAUGAUGCUCCUGCAAAUGGACAUUUACUGCAGAGCUCUCUUAAACAUCUGAACAAUGUAGCACCCAGUGUUGUGGACAUUAUACCGCCCUUGAUUCCUUGCAAUGACUUUAAUUCCUCCAGCACAAAUAACAUUCCCAUUCCUAUCGCCACAGCGUGUCUCCAGGGGAGCCCUCCUUUGGGAACCCACAGCCAGCAAGUCCAGCAGUGGCAACAGCAGCAGACUCACUUCAUGCAGAAUGGACAUGAGCAGAUACCAGUGUGCCACCACCAAACUCCAGAGGGCCAAACAUUCCCACAGGCUGGAGUCUGGCCAAGGAGUACCACAGGGCUGAACCACGCUCAGCAAGGAGGGCUGGCAUGUGGUCAGGCAGCCACUCAAAGCAGCUGCAUGUUCAACCAGCACUUUUCCUCUAGUCCAUCAGGGGGCAACAUCCUGACUCUCCUUGGGUCUUCAGACCAGAGGGGGGUCAACACACCUCUGGAUCAGAGUCCUCAGCAAGGUUCCUGCUACUUCCAGUGGAUCCACAGUGAGCCGGUGGUGGGAACGUCAGCCAUCAGUCAGGAGAAUGUCAACAUUAGCCCUCUGUCAGCUCCACCUGACACAACGUCCUCUGAGCAUGCACUCAACAUUCAGCACUACCUGGACUGUCACAGACCAUCAGAAGUUAACAUGUUCCACUCAGGAUGAAUGACUCUGCUGAACACUGUGGACUUUCUGCUCCAGAUGUCGCCAUGUACCUAUUGGAGUAAAGCCAAGCCUUGUUCCAGGAGAGGGACAAAUACACAGAAAAUACACACAAUAUAUGCCUUUAUCAGAGCUUAUUCACAGACUCUCAUGCUUAUUUUCAUAUGUUUUAUAUCACUUCUUUGUAUCAUAUUUACUUUGUGCAGUCUGUAAUGUUUAAGAGCUUUUGCUUGCCAUAUUUUUUACCUGAAGAUUCACUUUAUUAUUAAUGAAGUAUAAAAGCCACAUGCUUAUUUACCAGGAUGGAGUUUGAGCCAGCUAGGAGGAUUGGUCCAGUUAUCCAAAUAGCCAAAGAUGUAUGUUUUAAAAGGGAAAGUAGGCAUAGUCACUGCUUCGUUCUUAGCCAAGAACUUUCAUUAUUUCCUAGGUAGAACUACCUAAAAUUUGUAGAUAAAACCAAUUAACAUAUUUGAUCGAUUAAAAACUUAGAAAAUGACCCUGAGUGACAUUUUUGAUACAAAUUAGAGUAAAAAAAUCACUAAAAAUGCCUGAAACAUGACACAAAUUUUUAUCCAGAGAUAAAAUAAUCAGUUUAUUUAAUAAGAAAUCCUUCUAUAUUGUAUGAUAAUGUGUAAUUGUAUGAUCUUUAAUUUCCUACAUUUAGUUUUUACUGCCUGGUUCAGUAAAAACUAUAAUUGCACCAGCAAGUGAUUUAUUUUUAAUCAGAAUGAUACUACGGAUAAUUUACACCAAGACUGCGGACCUGUCAAAAAUUAACAGUAAGACCAGAGAGAAUUACCUAAAUUUGGUUUGUAUACCCGUGAUACCUCUCUGUAGAAAAAUGUUUAGCCAACCCAGCAUUCCAUCAGCUUCUAAAACCAAGCUCAAAUAGCUCAAUUAAAAAUGUCUUCAGCCCUUUUUGGUGAAUUAUGGGUUAAAUCUCUAGUGUCAGGUCUUUUUUAGUCAGUCGUGCAAUUCCUUUUUUUUAAUUACUGUCCAAUUCAGAGAGUCAGAAAGGUGAUAAAUCAGGGAUCCUUCUAACUUUAAAUGUGCCUGCCAUAGAAACGUCUCAAUCAGGAUGAAGGCAAAGCAUCGUCUCCAAGUACAGUCAACUCUGGUCAGAAAAAGCACACAGACUGUGUUCUCUAAGGGAUAGUGCCGGGUUUUUGAAGCUGACGGCAGAAGAAAACGUAUGUGAUAUGCAGGAGUAGAAUAAACAAAGAGGCUUGCCAGUGGAAAGGUAAAGCACAGUGGACAGUUUCAAUAUAGUGCACAUUUAAGGGCCUGUGUCCUCAGCCAGUGCUUUUAGCUCUCACAACCUUAGUUUCAGAGCCUGUUUUACUGUCAUUUAUUGUUGCUCGGUCAUGAAAUUUAACUUCUGCUGCCCUUUUGAGAAUCUGCAACAUCAAUUUAAAUUUGUGUUAAUUCAGUUGACUAAAACUAUGACAAAAUGUUUACGACAUUUUUCUAUGAGGAGGAUGCAAUUAGACAAGCUAGAAUUAGCCCUUUGGUUUUUUUCACCUUUGUGAUCAUUGCUGAUUUUAUUUGUCAUCACCAUCGUAGGAUGGCAGCAAGAUUUCACAGCACAUAUAAAGUAAAAAAGGCUUUGUUUAUUCAGUCUUGUCAUUUAAAAUAUCAGUGAGAAUAAUACAUUUUCCACAAACAAUUUUAGCUCCUACUGAAUUUCUCAGGUUUUUGCUCGUAUCUUGUUGCAUGUUCUGCUUACAUGCACAGCUUAUGUGGUGGAGAGGAGUGUUUAUUAGGCUGAAGUAGCCUAAAGAAGUAUUGUACCUAAUGAAAUAUACUGUGGACAAAUUGUUGACAUUUGUAGUCUUUCAAAACAAGAUAGCUACUUUCUAACUUUCAUAUUUUUCUGUUUGCAACAUCUUGAAACCAGCUGUCUGUGACUUGACCAGCUCAAUCAGCAACAUCAUUAGAUGGCUUGAUAUGAGCUGCAACAGCUCAGGUCAGACUGCAGCGACCGUUGUCAGCAAUGUUCUAAAAGCAUCUCGUUGCCUCGCAAAUUGUGGUCUGAACUGGGUUUGAGACUGCAGAAAUUAACACUGAUUUAAAUAUCUCUGUGUGCUGUAUAAUUACGUUUUCAAAAAAUUUCACCAAGAAAACAUGAAGAUGACAUAAAUAAAUCUUGUCCUGGCACAUGCAGCAGCUGCAGAAACUUUACUCUUGAGAGAGACAAGUCGGAUCAGUUUCCUUUUUGCAACUAUCAGAAGUCCCGCCCCUUUUUGAAUUUUAUUUGCCAGUGAGAACAGACAUUGACAAGCCAGUGCAGUCUCAAAAGUUGAAAUAAUUUUUAAUGGCGAGUGCUGUGAUAUAUCCUCAAAAACAGCUGAUGUUGAAGCCGUCCGGGCAUUAACUGCAUUUGCUUUGAAUUGAAAAUGAGCGCUGCAAGGACUGAAAGCACUAGCUGUGGACCCAAGCCCAUACUUUGACAUUGUAUUUUAGCUCUUUCUUGAAAUUAAUGAAAUCAUGUGGAUCAUACCUGUCUGCUACUAGUUCUUCUUUAAUGAUGAAAAUAAUUAAGGGAAAGUUGAAUGUCAGUUGUGACCUGUCUCUGCAGAGAUGGAAAGGUUUCUGUGAUGAAAAAGAAACAUAUUUACUAUGCUCUAUCUGUUCUUUUAUGUGCUUUUCAGGCUUCUUUUUUCACAUAUUAGUAACUUCCUCUACAAAUUCACCUAUGUGAGAGCAGCAUUAACACGGCAGCUUUGCUAUGUUCACUCAGUAUUUUGCAUGUCUUUGUAUUUUAUUAACAGCCAUUUUUUGAUGCCUAGAAAUGCAAAAAUGACCAUCUUCAGUGAAUCUUCUGGGUUUCUAAUUGGUCCAUGCUGUGGAGGCUAAAGGACAGCUUAUAAACCGCCUUCAUUGUUGGACUAUGAUACAGUUGCUUAUACUGUAAAGUAUGAAAAUGGAGCCAAAUAAUUAAUUCACAGCCAUUUUGAUGUCUUCAGACUAACAUGUGCCUUGACAAUAGCCAUACUUCUUUAAUGGUAAUGGUGUAAAAAAAAAAAAAAAAAAAAAAAAAACAGCAUUACUCAUUUAAAUGUAUUCCGUUUAUAUAUUUACAUGUAGUUAUUGUACUUGUAUUCUCCUGUAUGUUAAACAAAUGACUAAC